UCAUGCUGCUGCCAGGUCCAGAGUGUCUCAUGGGUCCCUGUACGGCCUCCCAUUGCUGCUGCUGUCUCCAUCGCCACACUCUGCCAUGUGCCACUUUCAGGUCUCCUCACACUGCUGGUGUGUUGAAUUUUUUGACAUAGGGUGCUGGCAGAUUACGGGCCUCCCAUAGCUGCUGCCAGGCCCCUAAUCUGCCAUGGGCCCCUAUACCGCCUCCUCAUGCUGCUGCCAGGUCCAGAGUCUGUCAUGGGUCCCUGUACGGCCUCCCAUUGCUGCUGUCUCCAUCGCCACACUCUGCCAUGUGCCACUUUCAGGUCUCCUCACACUGCUGGUGUGUUCAAUUUUUUGU